AUGGAGUUCGUUGACUUGAAGAGUUCCGAAGUCCAUGUCGAAGAAGUCGCUAUUGCUCGUCUCACUGAGGAGCAAGUAUUCGAGCUUUCGAAAGAGUCACUUCGCUUUAAAUCAUGGACCAGCUUCAGAAUCUCCCUCAUCAUGCUAGUCCAGGGCUGCAAUCAAGCUGGUUACGGUAUUGAUUGGGCCGUCAUCAGUGGUGUCAACGCAUAUCCAGCAUGGCAUGCAUACUUCGGAUUUGGCAGUUCAGGAGUUACCUACGCAACGAUCAACGCCUUGAUGACCAUUGGUACCGUUUGCGGAGCACCAUUCCUGUCGUUCGCCGAUGUUAUUGGACGUCGAGGUAUUAACUUUGUUGGAAACUUCAUUGUCCUCCUCGCUGCUCUCCUCCAAGGCUUCUCAAUCAAUCUCCCAAUGUUCAUGGCUGGAAGAUUCUUCUUAGGCUUUGGUUCCGCGUUGAUGUCUUCACCUCAAUACAUGGCUGAAGUUGCUCCUGCACAUCUUCGUGGUCAACUUGUUGGUAUCUUUGGAGCUUGCUUUCAGAUCGGAAGUCUGGGAAUGAAUGCAGCCUUGAUUGGAUUCUCAAACAUUGAAGGAAAUUGGGGAUGGCGCAUUCCUCUACUUCUCGAAGGACUAUUUCCUGCAAUCGUCUGCUGCACAAUAUACUUCUUGACGCCGGAAUCACCACGUUAUAUGAUCAUGCGAGGUCACGAAGACAAAGCCCGAAAGAUGAUUGCUAGAUACCAGACCACAGAAGGAGAUAACCCGAAUCAUCCACUUUGCGAUGUUAUGGUCAUGCAGAUUAAAGAUUCCCUGGCAUCAGAGAACAGUCGAAACAGAGAGAUUUGGGAUUUCAGACCAUUUGGAAGGAAAGGCGCAAGAUUCAGAAUUCUUGUUCUGAUCCUCUACUCAUUCUUCCAACAGUGGAAUGGAGGAGGAAUCAUUGGUCAAUAUCUGGUGCCUGCCCUGGAGACUGUUGGCAUCACGAAGCCCAUCGAACAGCUUGGCAUCAAUCUCGGAUCAACUGCUGUUUACUUCGUCUUCACGCUUGUGGGAUCCGUCAUCAUUGAUAAGUUCUAUCGAAGAACAUUGAUCUUUGCUGGCCUGAUAUCGUUCAUCCUACUUCAAACAAUCGUUACCAUCACAUCUUGGCAAUUUUCCCUUCAUGGAACCAAAGUCCAAGCCGGACUUACGGUUACAUGGAUCUUUGUGUUCCAAGUCUGCUCCUCAACACUUAUUGCAACCAUGCACAAUCUAUACCCUGUCGAAAUUCUUUCUCUUGCGCUUCGUGCGAAGGGAAUGGCGCUGUAUGGUCUCGUGCAAGGAGCUGCUGGUACCGCCAACAAUUAUGGGAUCUCGGUUGGAAUUUCGAAGAUUGGGUAUAAGAUUUGGACAGUCUACAUCGCAUACAACUGCAUCCAGCUUGUUCUUUCCUACUUUUUGUUUCCAGAAACGUAUGGGCUAUCGCUUGAAGAGAUCGAUACUGUAUUUGAGACUCCGGGAGUGAAUCCUGUGAAGAUGUCGUUGGAUAUUCAGAAGGCAAAGAAGGAAAAAGCCAAGCUGGAGGCUGAGAGAGCUGCCCAUGGGGAGUUGUGA